AUCAUUCAAAAGACAUAACCUAAAAAGUGUUCAUAGAAUUAAAAUGGAAUUAAUUUGUAGAACGUGUUUAAAAACCGGCUUAUCGAAAAACGCCUACGUCAACAUUUCCCGGAAGGUAGAAAUCAAUCAGUUGUCGUUCAAAGAUAUGUUGGAGGUUUUUAUGCCAGAAAUGGACUUGGAUGUGUCAACGGGCGAAACUGUGAUAUGUUUGCAGUGUGGGGACUUGCUGAAAAAUGCUUACACGUUUAGAAACAUGUGCCUACAGACGGAAACUAAAAUUUAUGACUAUCUUAGUCUACACAAUAUGAAAUUAGGAGAAAAAAUUGAUUUGCAUCGCCUCGAUUUGAAUUUUCCACCUAUAACUAACCCGUGGACUGACGUAAAACCCAAUUGUCUUCAAGAUAACUCGAAAUCAACCCAAACUGACAGCAACCAAAAUAGUUUGAUGUUUGAAGACCAGUCAAGUCAAGACGACAGCGACGAAGACGACAAAAAAGUGUCAAAGUCAACGCGAGCGCGGAAGCGAAAACGAGCCAACCCCAGAAAGGAGAGCAAACCCUACAACUAUAAUUCCCUCAAACGCAGCUACACUUGUGAUUUAUGUGAAUAUAAAGCAUACCGGCUAGAUUUAUUAAACACCCAUAAACUAAAACACGACAAAAAGCUCCUUAACGUGAAGGAGUAUAAGUGCGAUUUUUGCAUGUACAGUACGACGCGUAAGCGUUCACUCGAUCGCCACCUUUUCACCCACAAGGGUAAAUCCAACCAUGUGUGUGAAUUCUGCAAGAAGACUUUUGCAGAAAAGUAUCAAUUAAAACUGCACACAAUCACUCACACUGGUGAAGAAUUACCACACAAGUGUGAGGAGUGUGGGAAAGGUUUUUUAACUAACACUUACUUGAAACAACACAUGGAGACGCGCCAUCUAGCGAAAGAGAAAAAAGAUUGUCUGCUUUGUAACCAUGAUAAGUGUCAACAUUCUUUCAGCAGGUAUUACAAGUGUGAUAUGUGUGAGGCUAGUUUUAGUGAUAAGAGGGGUCUGGAUGCCCACAAGUUCACUCACACUGGGGGCGAACUUCCCUUCAAGUGUUUGCAUUGUGGCUUCAGUACGGCCUGGAAGGGGAAUUUGCGCAAACAUUUACAAAAUAAGCACUAAACUGUGUUACACACACUAAAAUAAAAAUAAAACAACACGUG